AUGAUUCGUAACUGUGAAAUCUUAUUCGGACCAGGAUAUGCCAGUCCUCAAGAUGCUUUUCUGAACGGUCCGAGGGAAAAGUUUUUAUUUGUUACCUGUCCAAACACGGAUCCAUCAAAACCAGAUAUCAUCACAACGGUCGAUGUUGAUCCAGCGAGCGAUACUUACUGCCAGAUCGUUAGUCGUGUAGAUUUGCCUUAUUCGGGUGAUGAAGUGCACCAUUCGGGAUGGAAUGCAUGUUCGAGUUGUUUCGGUGAUAAGACAGCUAAACGAUCCUACCUUGUGGUUCCUUGCUUGCUGUCCUCGCGGGUCUACUUCAUCAACACAACCAAUCCAAAAGCACUCAAGCUUCAUAAGGUGGUGGAACCGAACGCGUUGUUGGCUCAUAACGUUAGUUUCCCCCACACAACGCAUUGCCUCGCAGAUGGCAACAUUAUGAUAAGUACAUUGGGCGAUGCAAAAGGUGAUGCUAAAGGUGAUUUCAUUCUUGUGAAUGGUAAGACAUUUGACGUCGUUGACACCUGGAUCGCGAAGGAUUCUCAACAUAUACAGUUCAACUAUGAUUUUUGGUAUCAGCCACAUCACAAUGUAAUGGUGAGUACGGAAUGGGGAGCACCAUUAGCCAUCCGAAGAGGCUUUCAAAUGAAGGAUGUGGCACAAGCUCUGAUAACUGAAAUUAUCAUAUCAAUGGAUGACAAGUUUCUGUAUUUAUCAUGCUGGUUACAUGGUGAUAUUCGUCAAUACGACAUAUCAGAUCCUCAUCAUCCAAAGCUGGUUGGACAGGUGUUCAUUGGAGGAAGCAUUCAUGACGAAACUGAUGUGAUCGUAGAUUUGGAGGAAGAUGAAGAACUUCAGGAACGUCCAAAAGCGUGUUACAUAAAAGGCGAACGUAUUGAAGGUGGUCCACAAAUGUUACAGUUGAGUUUAGACGGCAAACGGCUUUAUGCAACCACAUCGUUGUUCCGUAUAUGGGAUGAGCAAUUCUAUCCGAAGACGAAAGUGAGUGGCACCAGAAUGAUACAAAUCGAUGUGGAUACUGAUCGUGGUGGAUUGACAAUCAAUGAGGAUUUUUUGGUUGAUUUCGGCAGAAUUGAAGGAGGACCAUUUCUGGCGCAUGAAAUGAGAUAUCCGAAUGGUGAUUGCACUUCAGAUAUUUGGAUUUGA